AUGAUUGUGGCACUAAACCAAGCAAUACUCCCUUCCGCCAAAGUGGAUAUCUCAUUGCUCCUGAAGCCCGAAGAUGAGGAAGAGACCGCCCCGGUGACCACUGCAGCUAGCCUUCCCCCAAGGCCGGUUUUGGGCCCACCUGCGAUGACGGCGACUAUGACGACGACAGCGGCGGCGCCGCCGGCGGUAGCAGCACCGGCUCCCUUAACUUCAUUACCUCCUCUCUCCGCCAAAGUGUCUCCGUCUGUUCCUGCCAAACGUAUCCAACCGGCUCAUUCAUCCGAGUCCCCGGCAAAGAAACAAUCAAAAUGGUCACCCGAAGAAGACGCAUUUAUUAUCGAGUUGCGCGGCAGAGGUAUGAAGUGGGAGGACAUCAGUAAACGACUGCCCGGACGGAGCGCCAUCAGUUGUCGCCUGCAUUACCAGAAUUACCUAGAGCGCAGAAGCGAGUGGGAUGAGGACAAAAAGAACAAACUGGCCAGAUUGUACGAGAGAUUCAAAGCGGAGAUGUGGUCAAAGGUGGCGGAGGAAAUGGCCAUUCCUUGGCGAGCAGCAGAAGCAAUGCAUUGGCAAUUAGGGGAACAAGAAAUGGCUCGUCGAGCUGGCGUGGUUCCGUUUUCGCUUUCGAGCACCGCUGUUGAUCCUUCCUCAUCUAGGACGCGCCGUGCUAGCACGUCCAUUGCACGACCAAGAAAAGGGUCAUCAUCCCGAUCAAUUCCGCCUCAUCUUCCAUCUGUCGAGGAGCUCACUGCUGGAGUUCCAGCAUAUGCUCCAGGGCUACCUCCCCGGGAGGCUUACCCAAUACCACGAUCAUCUGAACCAAGUAGCAAUCCAAGCACUCAAGCGGGACCCAAUAUAGGCUUCCCCCCUCGAACCCAUUCCUCAAGAGGCUGGAUCUCGAAGGGAAUGGCGACGAAUGUUCCGUGA